AUGAGGGAACAUUACAGAGAAGCUCUGGAAGUGCUGAAAACGCAGAAUGUUCCUGAAUUCUAUUACAAGUAUUCCCCAAAGUUGGUGAAGUUCAUUUCUAUGGAACUGCUUGCUAGUAUCAUUGGAAAUGAACGACUGCGACCGCAGAAAAUGAUUCCCACGUUGUGUUUGUGCCAGGAGUCUACAGAGAUGGCUGCCCAUGCUUUGAAAUAUAUUGAGUGGGCAGUGACUACCCAAUACGGAGCUAACGAUGUUGAUUUACACAAUCUUUUGGUGGUUUUGUACGCGCAGUUCCGUCCGAAACGGUUGCAUGAAUAUUUGGUUAAGUGCGGUCUUGACAAAACGGCUAUACCAUACGAUCUGGAUUUCGCGUUACGGACUUGUGUACAGCAUAAGCUUGAAAAAUCAACGGUUUACCUGUAUUGUGUCUCUGAGAUGUUCAGUGAUGCUGUAGAUUUAGCGCUGAAGGCCUUCAAUGAAGAAGGAAUCACCAUGGCAAAGGAGUGUGCGCAUAUGAUGGAUCCAGAUGAAGAAGACGUACUUAUGGGGCUCGAGCCGAAGUAUCCAGUCGAACAGAGAAGGCGGAUAUGGUUGAAAAUA